AUUUCUAUCCAGCUUUCCUCUUGAAUCAAAGCACCGUGUGGAUCCUGAAGCAGAAUGCCAAAUAAAGCCCAAGAGGAUGCCGUCAUCAAUCUUCAGUCCCUCAGAGAUCUUGGCAAGCAACUGAGCUUUGAGUGGCCAAUGGUGGCCUAUGAACUGGGAUUCACCAGGGCUGAAAUUAGCCAGAUCCAUGCCCUCACCCCAGAGAAGAGGAGGCAGGCUCAGAAGAUGCUCGAACACUGGUACGAACGAUCGUGGGACAAACCGAACAAGACAAAAAUGCUUCAAGAGGCUUUGGAAAAAUCCGGAAGGCAGGAUUUGGCCGAGAAGCUCCGUUGCCUUCACUGGGGCCACCAGAAGUUGAGCGAUAAGGUGGAGCUGCCCUCAGCGUUCCCCUUCCUCAUCACCGUGUAUAAGACGACGAACAACAAGGAGCGGCUCAAGAAAAUUAACCAGCUUACUCAUAAGUAAAUCCAGAGGCUCCCAAUCCUCACAGCAAGAGUCGAGCCGGGCUCAGCAGGACUCUUUAAAAAAAAAAAAAGAAGUUAAGAAUAGGAAAGAGUAAACAUGAACAAGAUUGCAACGGGAAAAAAAUCCGUUUUCUACGCCAUUGUCCGGACUUUUCGGUACAAUCCACUACGGUUUGAUUUCUCAAAUUUUAAAAUUUGAAUGCAGGAGGCCUGAAAUGAUUUUGAAAAAACAACAGCGAAGUAAUCUAUCUAUCUAUCUAUCUAUCUAUCUAUCUAUCUAUCUAUCUAUCUAUCUAUCUAUCUAU